UUUUUAUUUAAUAUCAACGCUUUGUUACUAUUCAUUAUUAAGUUUCUUGUUAAGGGAAUCUUUGUUGUGGAAUCUGAGGAAACAUUGAGUAUGAAAAUCGAGUAGUGUCUUUUCUUUUCCUCGCUAGAAUGAACGAGAAUCACUAAGAGUAAGAAGAAGAAGAAGAUUGCACAGCACAUGUUUGAUGGAAAGAUUUGUUUCCCUUCGUUGGUUGAUUUGAUAUCAUUGAAUUUGUUUCGCUGUUUAUACUUUACAACCAACCAAACGGCUAUUCUGACUUUUUCAUCAUUUUUCCAGUCUGGGUUUUUUUUUUUUUCUGGGAAUCCUAAGUGUUGUUUAGUACUUGAGGUGAUUUUGUGAAGUGAAUUCAUCACAUGUCACGGCCGAGGCAGAACAAGAUGUUGAUGAAUCCAAACACUGCCAAACAUGUAAUUGGUGACACAACCUAUACCAAGAUCUUUGUUGGAGGCUUAGCUUGGGAAACAAAAAGAGACACUCUGAAACGUUAUUUUGAUCAGUUUGGAGAGAUCUUAGAAGCUGUUGUCAUCACUGACAGAAACUCUGGAAGAUCAAAAGGAUACGGCUUUGUAACAUUCAAGGACCCAAAUUCUGCAAUAAGGGCUUGUCAGAAUCCAUAUCCUGUGAUAGAUGGAAGGAGGGCUAAUUGUAAUCUUGCAUCUCUUGGUGCACAAAAAAUUGAUCCAUCAUCUAUGACAGCUACUAGACAAAAAUUCAGUAGCCCUUCUUGGAAUACAGCACCAAUUCCAGUUCAUCAAGGAACCUCCACUUAUUAUAAUCAGCAUAUUCCACAGUAUACAUUUCCUUAUCCACCCUACAGGUAUCCAGGUUACCCACCCCAACAGGAAGUAUAUGAAAUGCAGAAUUACUAUAAUGCAUAUGGUGGACAACACUUUCCAUUUCGUUGGUUACCAGCAUAUUACCAACCAAUUUAUGGGCUAAGUAGGCAUCAAUUUGUUCCAACAACAGCUUAUGUGAAAAAGACACAAUUCCCUGAUAUGUCACCUCAGGAGUUCACACCUACUGUUGCUUCAUCAGAACCUAUUUCAGCUUCUUCAUCAAUUUCUACCACUGGUUUAGUAUCCAACUGUGCCAUAAUUCUGUUUUAUUGCACAAACCUAUAUACGUUGCACAAAUACUUCAAUAAUUUUAGUCACAUAUAUAUGCGGCAUUAGCUACUACUUUAAACUUCUUUAAUUUCUUGAAGGUUACGGGUUCAAGCGGUAAAAACAACCACUGAUAUAAUUGUCAGGUUAGGCUACGGAUAUUACACCCUUUAGGUGCAGCCUUUUCCCAAACCCUGCGUUAACGCAAGAUGCUUCUGCAUUGGGCUACCCUUAUAUUUGCAUAUAUUACCGCAUUAUGUUUAAUUUAAUAGUAGUUGUAUUUGUGCAAAACAUAGGUACAAACAAAUUUUCCAAAAUUUGACUAGAUUCUAAGUUGAUUGUGCACACUGAAUUUUGAAGCAGGAUUAAUAACAGGAACUGUAGAUGCAGGAGGAGGAGGAGGAGUACUAGGAUCACAACAAGAACAGAAAUCAUCAUCUUCAGGUUAAGUUUUCAUGAUGAGAUUCUAUGAACUGACCAGAACCAAAAAGCAAAACGACACUGCUCAAUAAACCAGAAAGCUGCAAAGACAUCACAUGACCAAUGAAGGAGGGUGGUUUAACCAAAAAAGAUGCCAUAACAAGCAAAAUAACGUUCUGAGAUAAUUUUUCAUCCAUGGAACAGGUGAUCUUAGAGGCCAGUUACUGAUGAAAUUAUGAAAUCAUGGAUUUGUUUUAAUGUCUUUAAUUUUUUUUAACUUUGAUAAUUAUGAUGCACAGUAUUCAUUCAUCAGCAUUUGUCCUUUUUCCAAUUUUCGUUUUUUUUUCCAACAUGGGAAUCCUGCUAGGCAUUAA